CUCAGAUGCAAGCCUGCGCAGCUUGCCUCUAGUUCAUUCAUAUCAGUCUAACCCACCUAUGCCCGGUGCCCCACAGCAGCAUCCUAUGCUUAUACAUCCUCAGCAGCAGGCUGUGUCUAGCCAGCACCCUCCUAUUCAUAUGCAUCCUCAACCACAGCCACACCCCCAUCCUCAGAUGCCACCUCCGCAACCUUCCGCUCAUUCGCAACAGUCUUACCCACUACCUGUCCCCAGUGCAUGGCGGCAGCAUCCUAUGCUUAUGCAUCCUCAGCAGCAGGGCAUGUCUACCCAGCACUCUCAAUCUCAGGGACACUUACCACCCCAUCAACAUCUGCAGGUGCAUCCUCUCAAGUCUCAUACGACGAUGCCUUCCCAACAACAGCCAGCAAUGCCACUUCCUUAUGGUCCUGGAAAUCUUCAUCCUAUGCAGCAGCAAAUUCAGCAAGCGGCUCAACUUUGCCAAUUCCAACAACAAGCACAACGUCCUUUGCAUCCAGGUCAGGUGCUACAGCAGGGAUCAGUCCAUCAGCAUCAACACCACCCUCAUAAACAAUCAUAUAUGCAGCAGCCUGCUCCUAGGCGUCCUCAUCCGCAGCUGAAUUAUCCUCCAGGGCAUGUUUUUCCACCUCAUCAAGCUCAGGCUACAAACGAGCAAUUACCUAAUCAGAGUUAUAUGGGAAGGGCUAACUGCAGCGUUCCAGCUUCUUCUGAGCUGCCAUCUGGACCCAUACAACAGACUCUGGCAUCACAUUUUGAGAGUCAAGCUGGUGUAUUACCAGCAUCACCUGCUAAUCCACAACAACGGGCUUCUACUCUCAAAAGAGUUGGACAAAUGCCACCUUCGGAGGAUGGUUUUCUUGUGAAAAUUGCUGAGGGGACUAAAGAGCGAGAGCAAAUCUUGGAGAGUGCAUCUGAUUCUAUUUCCGAGCUCAAGGAUGGUGAAGCAGCUAGAGAUGCUAAGGAGAAAGAGAGCCACACUAGGAAUGAGAACAAAAAUGGUUCAAAAUUGCACGCGAAGAAUGUGAAUGUGGAUGGAUCAAUGGUGAAGAUCCCUGGUGAGGUAACAGAGGGUUCCCAUGUGGUCAAUGUUCAUGAUGGAGAAAAGAAAGUUGAAGGCCAGGAAGGCAAAUUUGGUGAAAAAUCCUAUGAGCAGUUCAAAGGAGAGGAUACUCAUCUUGUAUCCAAAUUACACACUCAACCAGGCCCUGAUAUGUCUGUGAAGUGGGGGGCGUCCACGACCUUCUGAGAGGGCUAACCUGAGUCUUGUCUCUGACAGACAUAGUGCUGAAAAUGUUAGAAAUAUGCAUCCUCCUGAGCAGUACCGGGGCUCAGAUCGAUGUCAGAAAAUGCCGUCCAAGGCGCCAAAACAAAUUUCAUGUGAACAUCCUCACAUGCCAGGUUCAGGCAUGAUAUCUGAAAAGCAUCCUGCAUCUGAUAAGAUGCUUCCACAGCCAAUGCACCAGUCUAGCCAAGAAAGAAGGUUCCUAGAGCCUCCCACCCAUCAGAUGGCUGUUUCCCAGGAGCCUUCUUGGCUAACUCCACCACCAGGAGGGGUUCUGAGUCGUCAUGGUUUCCCUCUGAAAGAUUUCGAGCAAAGGGGUGUGGCCCAAAAUCAUCUGUCCCCACCUCAUAACCUUGGAGAGCCUUCAAUACAACCAACUAUGAGUGGCCCACUUCAAGGAGCAGUGGACCCACCUAGCAGGAUGAUGGGAGGGCCUCUAUUUAAUGCUGAAGAUAAAUUAGGCAAAUUGGCUGCUUUUAAUGAUUCGGAAGCUGAUGCACAUGUUGUUAGAAGGCCAAGAGGCUAUGAUGACAUGCCACUUGAGCCUCACAGGUGUCUAUGCUGUGAGCAUUCUCCCCAUGGGCAGUCAAAGGCACAUGGGAUUACAAGCAAUGUGCCUGUUGGUGGAAUGCAUGAUCCAAUGUUUGAUUGUGAUCUGUCAGAAGAUAGGUUUAGGCCUUCACCAGAAGAAAGGUUGAAGCCUUUUCCUCAAAAAGAAUUUAAGCUAGCUCAUGAUGAAUGCGUUAGGGCUUCUGAACGUGUUGUUAACAGGAGAGAGUUUGAAGAUAAGAAGCAAGUUCCUCGGCCAGCUCAUUUGGAUGGUGAAGGUCCAGUUAGGUUUGAUGGUAAUUUGAUGUCAAGGCCCCUUGAUAGGAUGAGACGACAGCCUAGAGGUGCUAAUACAUUUACUUCAAGACCACUGUCAUAUGGAUCAAAUGCUACAUUUCCACCGAGGUCCGGUGGUUCAGAUGCUUACCUGGAUAUUGGUGAUGAAGGUAGAUCUGUAUCCUCACGUAAACAUCAAAAAAGAAGAUAUGAUAAUACCUUUCCCAUCGUGAUCGUCACAGUCAAGUUCCUGAAUUUAGUCGUCAUCGAGAUGAUGGUUUGCUACCUCCAAGAAGCCCGGGUUAUUUUAGUGGAGAAACUUUAGAUGGCCAGCCUAACCAAUUGAGGCGCGGUCUGGAUAACCUCAGACCUGACAGUUUCUCACGUGAUAUGCCCAGCGGUGAAGUUGGCUCACAGAAAAUGCCCAGCUUCUUAAGGAGUGGUGGAUUUCACUGCCCUCUUGAUGUCAGUGAAACCAGUGAAUCUGGAAACUUGCACCCUCCUCUGUGUACUGGUGAUCCAGGCAGUGGACGUUUUAUUUCAGCUUCUCGUGAAGAUGAUAGUGACAGCUUUGAGCAAUCAAGAAAGAGGAAGGCUGUUAGCACCAUACGGUGUCUGAUUUGCAGGAUUGACUAUGAGAAUGAAGAGGCUUUGGAACUGCAUUGUCAGAGCAGGGAGCAUCAGAAAAUGUGUAUGGACAUGGUUCUGAGAAUUCAGGAAGGCAAUGUCGAGAAGCAUAGGUAUCCGGAGAAUGCUACUUCAUUUGAUGAUGGCAACAAAUCAAGGAAGGGAAGCUUUAAGAAAUGUGCUAUCAGAAAGUGAAGAAAAAUGUGGAUCGGCAGCAAACUCAUGGUUACUUUGGGACCUGUCCUUUUGAAAACUCAAAUGGUUUUUUCACAAGCUGAAAAGUUUCCUCGUGGUACUCCCUUGUGUUAUGCUGACAUUGAGCUGCAUGUCUUGCUGAAAAUUUCUUGAGCUGCAUGUCUUGCUGAAAAUUUCUUUUCUCUUGUUGGCUUUUCAGAUGUGCAGCUGCUUAUGCUGUAAAUCUUUUGUUCACCUGAUUCCGGCAUCAUUUCUCAUAAUUAUGAAGUCUCUUCCAUCAUAUAGAACUUCUUAGUAGGAUGAAAGCGAGGAUAUCUACCUUGAUCUGCAUGUCCCGUGUUGGGUGCCUAUUUUCGACAAUGGUGUUUCGAGUAUUGGAUUUGUGCGCUCCUAUUUGUUGACUAUUUUUAUCGUUUGAUCAAAGUGAAGUAUCACACUACUUGGGAUUUCUUUGGAGCAGAGGAGCUUCUUCACUUUAUCAAUAUCAGGUUCAGUAGAGUGUUUUUCCAGGGACUCAAUUCGUUCAUCUGGUAAUUUUACUUUAUUCUGUGACUUUAGAGCAACUCAUUUCUGUCAGUUGAUAUAUCAGGUUGGUCUUUCUGUUCUGAUGCUGUAAACCCUGACUUCUUUUCUGCUAAACUUUGUCAAAUUUAUUUGGAGUAAGAAUCCAAAUUGUUUGAACCAAGAAUUUAUCAGUAGUCCAGAUCCUUCAAAAAUUUCUAGUUCUUUGUCCUAUUUGUAAAUCUAUAGCCCACUUAUAGCUAAAGCAUGUUUGAUAAUUUAAUGGCAUUGUAGUUCAUCAUCUGAGGAAAAUGGCUUCGUGCACGAGACUACCUCAAGACUUUAGCUGUGCCUCCUAAACAAUGGCCUAUAAGUGAACUAUUUUGUCAUAAUUUUUAUCAAUAUGAACUUAUGACAUUAGACUGGGUACAAAGGAUGAUCAUUUAUCAAUUAUGCUGUGGAAUAUAUCUAUAGUGGUAUCAGCGAGAUCUGAUUGAAAAAACUGUGGCUAUUCUGGAAAAUAGUAGUUGGACAUCUAAGACGAUAAUUUAUUAUGACGUAGAAAUGGACAUUUGGCUAUUGACCUCACAUCAAUUGUUUAUGUUGAUACUGGUUUUUUAUUGAAAAAUUGCUGAAAGGACUCACAAGGUUUCUGAAUUUUUAUUCCUCUAAAUUGAAUAAGAAUUUUAUGGGCAUUAUGAUUGGAUUACAUAUUUUAGGCCUUAUAUCAUUGGUCCUUUUGAUGUGUGUUUAUCAAUAUAGGUUGUUUUUCCUGAUAAUAUUGCUCACCAUCUAGCAGUUAACGAGCUAUGUGGUAAAACUAAACCAUCUGAUUCUGUGCGUCUAUUGAGAUAGACAUGUAAAUCCUUUUCUUUGUUGACCACUUCUGAUGUAUGCUUCACAUUAUCAAUUACUAGUUCAUCUUCCCAAUUCCAAGUUCAAGAUCCUUAAGUGCAUUACUCUUACUUUAGUCCCUUGCUACUAAAAAAAAUCCUUCAAUUUAUCUAUUAUCUUUCUCGGUUACAAAGUUUAUCUCACUUAGUCCCUUGCUACUAAAUAAAUCCUUCAAUUUAUCUAUUAUCUUUCUCGCUUACAUAGCUUAUCUUCCAAGCUCGAAACUGUCCUUGGUUAACAAGUAGUUCAUACUUGGUUUUAAUUAUCUGCUUUAUUUGCUUGUUAUUUAUUUCUCAAGUAGGCAUCCGUGAUGACUUCAUUUUAGUUAUCCUUGCACUAUGAUCCUCAGUGAAGAUACUCUUGGGGAAGAUAUCGUCUGAGAUGCCUGAAUAUACAAGUGUACACAUAAAUAUACCAAUAUAUUGUCAUUAAAAAAAAUUCUUUCUGUUUUUAGGGUUGUAAUUUGACCCUUCAUGGAGAUAGGACCUCUUCAUACAUAUAAUGAAAAUAGUAGUGUUUGAAAAAGCUUUAUGAAACUCGGUUCAAAACUUUUUGCAGGGUAAUCGCUUCGAAACUGAUAAGUGAAGCUAUUUAUCCCUUGAAGCAUCCGCUUCAUCACUUUAACCAUAACUAAAGUGUGUGCUUCACGCUACAUGAAGCGCUUCUCUUUUGGGGCACACACUUCACACAAGGUAGGAGGAUAUAAAAGAUUGUUUGACUAAAAAUAAGAUACAUAUCUUAUAGUAUAAGUGCAGCUUAAUUUAUUAUGACUUGCAUUAGUACUUAGCAUAUUUAAUUCUUAUUUACUAAUCAAGACUUGAAUGUAUCUAUAUUAAAUUUUUAUACUUCUAUAUAUGUUUUAUAAUAUUUAUAAAUUAAAAUAUACUUAGCUCAUCAGGCUUACGCCUCACGCUUUGAGGCUUACGCAUUGCUUCAUAAAAGGGUCUAAUGCUUCGCCUUGCGCAGUUGUGCUUCCUCUUUUUUAAACGUUGGAAAAUACUUAUUUGUCACUUAAAUACUUUUUUGAUUUGCCGCUUUUCGGAUAAAAACAUUCACUUGUUUUAUUCUUUAUAUUUUUCUGUUGGGCUUUGAUUUUCUAUCUUAACUCUUUCUUAGUCCUGAUUCCUCUGCUUUACUAUUUCCAUUCUAAGACUCAUUAUUUCUGCUAAAUUAUUGUAGCUAGUCUGUGGCACUGUGCAUAGAAAUAGAUAGGUACUCACUUGACAACUAGUCAUGCAGGGGUCUUAAAGGAAUUCUGAAAAAGUGUUAGUGGUUCCUUUAAAAAGGUAGCAGGUUUAGGAGAAUAUGAUUGACAUAUCAAGGGUUACAUAUCUCCUUGUUUUCUUUUCAUAUGCAAGCCGUUUUGGACAUUUGGGCAUGUUUUAACCGUGUUGUAUGUGAUAAUAAAAUCAAUUGGGAGCCUAUGUGUUGAGUUUGUGCAAAAGAUCCACCAAUAUUUAUGGUGAUGGUUUGCACUGGAAUUUCUAUCUUUGAACAAGCAACGCUUUUCCCUAUACCUUGUAUGCGAGCUGCAUAUUGAUUUUCUGUUUAUUUUAUGUUAAUGAAAACACAUUCAGCUGCAUGAUCUUUUUAGUAGAUAAUGAAAAAUGCUCUAAUGAAGUGUAUAUUAGCAUGCCAUGAGCCUUCAACUUUCAUGCAAACAUGCUAAAUGUCAAUAUUUGAGUGCAAGGAAGAAGUGUGUUUAUCCAUUUUUCUAGUAGCAAACCUACCAUGUGUAUGGGGGUGAAAGUUGAUCGAAUAGUAAUCCAAUAUGUCACUGUGUUAGUAACUAUUAGCUCAAAUUUGGUUUGGAAAAGCAUUUAUGAGAAAUCAAAUACUUUUAUUCAUAUUGUAAAAUUUUGGCAUUUAUUUUGAUACUUUUGUUUUAUUAAAUAUUCCCUUUAUAUGUGAUCCUUUGUGCUCUAUGUUAUUAUGCAGAUAUGUUAAGAUCAAUUUUGAUUCUCAUAUAUUUUUUUCCCAACGUGUAUACUGAUCUUGAGAGAGAGAGAGUUUCAAUCUCUCUUUCUCGAUAGAUCUUUCUCAAAUUGAUUUUUAUUCCAUGCUAUUAUUUUGAAUAACAUCCAAUAUUAAUUUAAGAGUCAGAUUCAAGAUUGUAAACAAGUACAAACUACAAAGACAAACACCUCAAAUUUUAUUUGAAUUCUGGUGUAAUCCUCAUUCAAGGUAAUUCUACUUGCUUGACAAAAGAUUCACCUAGGUGAUGUAUUUGUCAGUAACUACUUACCAUUUAUGCAAGUGUAUUUGCAAGCAAAGGUUCAUUAGUAUGCUUCUGUUGUUGCACAAAAAAUGACACAAAGGAGUUUGAAGACUACACUGAUGCAUGCGCACAGUGUCAGUUCAUUAUCCACAAGGACCACAAGGGAGUUUGAAGACUAUGCUGAUGCAUAUGUACAAUGUUAGUACAUUAUCCUGAUUUUUCCAUCUUGUUUUGAUUUUUACAUUCUGCAUCACAGAUAGUUUUCUUUUCCACUUUCUUUUUGUCUUUUUUUAGUUUUUGUUGUGCAGAAAGCUGCUUCCCCAACAGAAAGGAGUUUUAAAGACUUGCAAAUAUAACGUGCAGAGGACUUGACAGCAGCAUGUUCUUGGAGGUUAAUUCUGUAUGCCCAUCAUGCAGUUCUCCUUUUUUUUCCUUUUCCUUUUAUUUCUUUGUAGUCUUGAGAAAAUUUUAUCAUUGUGAACUAGUUUUCUUGGAUGUUGCCAUCUAAUUAUCGAUCACAUAAAGCUUAUGAAUGUAUACUGUUGUACUGAAGGUUUUAGUCGUUUGACUAUGUUCUCAGUUUCGAAUGACAAGGCAUAAAUAUUCUGCAAGCCAUGAAUCUAUUUUUCCAGGAAA